ACUUUCUCAACUGAUGUGUUUAUUUCUAUUAAAAGCAGCACUCUUUACAAGUUGAUGCAGAGCCUGGCACAUUUGAUAAUACACCGGUUGAAAUUUUGGAUGUGGAAUGUUAGGGCAAUUACCGUAACUCGAUUGAUGCAUGGACAAUUUAAUUAAUAAUUUCAAUGUACUGGGACUGCUUGGAAACAUUUUACUCCUAAAAUCUUGCCUUAAGUCUUGGUUUUGGGUUUAAUUUUUGUUUUUGUGUUUGUCACGCACGGUGGUGGUGGUUGUCCUUGAGGAUCUUUGGUUCACUGUAUUUGUAAAAAAAAGUGUCAAGAUGUUCUCAUCCACGAGGCAAGAGGUUGAGAAGGACGAGUUUGCCAAAGAGCGGGCCAUCAUGAAUGAUCUAGAUGACAAUGGGUGGAGUCACAUCCAUCAUGCUGCUUAUCAUGGCUAUAUCAAGUCUAUAGAGAAGUUUGUUGGAGCCAGCGAAGACCAGCUGGAGUUCCCUACCAACGAUGAUAAGCUGAUGACCCCAAUCCUCCUGGCUGUUGAUAGCGGGAAGCUGGACACCGUGGAGUGCCUUGUGAAGCUUGGAUCUGAUCUACGUUACCAAAACACCCAAAACCAGGGUCCAGUUGAGAUUGCGGCUCUGAAGCAGUACAUCGAUAUCCUGGAAUACUUCAUCAAGUUUGACCACAAGGACCUGCCAGUGUGGCCCAAGUUGAUGAAGUUCAUGGGUUCAGACAUGGAUGAUGAGGCGGAAGCAGCAGGGAAGAUGCUGGUGAUCUUGACGAAGCCUUCGGAAAAGGGAAUAAAUCCAUACUGGGAGCCUAUUGUGCAGAAUAAUGGGGUUCCGGUCAUGAUGAAGGUCAUCAAGUCCAUGAUUUGUGACAAAGCAAAACUGUAUGCCUUCACAAUCCUCUUGAAUAUCAUUGAAGAGAAAGUGGUUAAGGAACAGAUAGUGAAAGCUGCGGGCAUCCCAACAGCAUUGAAGAUGAUUACUUCUACUGACAGAGAGAUGGUGUAUGCCUCUUCGUGCAUUUUGUGUCAUUUAUCCAUGGUGAAGGACUAUAUUGACAGCAUGGUACAGAAUGGUGCAAUCCCAAUCAUGGUUAAACUAUGGCAGACGUGCACUGAUACAGAGAUCCUAGUGCAAGUAACAGAAACUGUCUCCCAGAUUGCAAGUGCUAAUGCAGAGUAUCAGAAAACGAUAGGUAACUCAUCGGGUGCAUUGACAGCUGUGGUUGGACUGUUUGAAAACGAUAGGUCAAAGUCACUUCUGCUAGCACUCACGCGGGCUGUAAGCAAUAUAGUAUGUAAGAACAUGGAUAAUCAGAAUAUGUUUGUCGAUGAGGGAGGAGCGUCGGCUCUGAUAUCCCUUGCAGGUGGAAAGUACAAUGACCUUCAACUGAGUGCCAUCAGUGCCAUACACAUGUUAGCACAGGACAAUCCUCACACGCAGAAGAUCAUCUUAGAAGAAGGUGGUGUUAUACCUCUAAUGCAGCUCCUCAAGAGGAGUGGCUCACCCAACGUCCAUGUCUGCACAGCCAGUGCUUUGUGGGCACUGGCAGGAGAAGACAUCGAUGAAAGGCGGUCCAUGGCCAGCAUGAUCGGUGUUAACCUACUCAUAGACUUUCUUAAUGCGCAGGCUGAAAAUGACAUUCUCCAUUACAUCGGAGCAGAAGGAUUGGCCGUCCUUGCCCAGGGGGCCCUCAACAAGCAGGACACUAUCGCCAAUGCGAAUGGAGUUCAACCCUUAGUCAGACUGUUGCGUUCACCAAAGGAACACAUUGUCCUCAGCACGAUAAGAGCUCUGAGACAUCUAUGCAUAGGAAUAGGUUUCAUACCGCAUGCGAAGAACCAGGCAACCAUCCUUGGAGCUAGAGGAAUACGAUAUCUAGUUGCUCUCAUGGUGCAUUCUAGGAACGAGCUGGUCAGAGUAGAGUCAGCAUUGAGUCUUGGUUACUGCAGCAUCGGCAAUUCUGAAGUGAUGAACGAUAUCAGUGAGAAUGUAGACUUUGAUUACAUCCAUAUCCUGCGUAGGCUUCAUUCCAGUGACAACCUUGUGCGAUUACUCGCUGGGAGCGCAUUAGCCGCCUUUGCAUAUAACAACGUCACACAACAGAAAGAGAUUGCUGAGUCGGGAGGGAUUCGUUACCAUUCCUUUGUCCCGUUUCUGGAGUCUAACGACGAGUUCUUUCGCUGCAAUGCUGCUUUUCAGGUUGUUGUAUUGGCUCGCAUCAUCCCCGAUGAGGACCAAGCUACCACAUCAGCGAUUGGUAUCAAGCUCCUCGUAGAUCUUCUACAACAAUCCAAGAAUCCUCUCAUUCUAGCCCUGACAGCGGAAUGCAUAGCAAGGCUUGCUCAUACGAGGGCAGGAGUUCCUGCUGCAGUUGUGUCCAUCAAAUCUGUAGAUGUUUUAUGUCAGUUGAUGCUUGCCGAGAAUGAGCAAGUGAGAGGAUCUGCUGCCAUAGCACUAGGAUAUCUAAGCUUCAACCACAAAGCAGAAAGAGAGAUGCUCAACAGAUGUAGACAGGAUCCUUACCUGUUCAAGGUAUUGAAGUACUACACUCAGAACUACAGACUCUCUCAAGCAUUCUUAGAGGCGUGGAAGCAUUAUCAACACAUCGGUCUUCCUCCCAUAGAUACUGCACAGAAGCCUUGUCUGGUUGGAAAGAAGAAUAUGCCAUUCCUGAGCAAUAUCAAAAAUCCAAAUGGACGUCGGUUCACGAUACUGAGCUCUGGGGAGGAGAGUGGACUGAGUCACCAUCUAAGUUCGCCCAUGAACCCGUCGACUACCAGCUAUCCUGAUGACGCUACCGUCAUAACCGACAAUCCCACCAACAGAGGGGGUAGUGUCACAUUCGCCAGUGGGACGGAGUCCCGUAACCAUCGCAGUGUAAGUAAUUAUUCCCAUAGAGCGCCCUCUACUGCUAGUAAUCAUCACAAGCAGUGGAGUCAUCCGUCGACUGCAAAGAGUCUCAUCUCGGAGAUCUCUGCAGGAGGGAUGUCUAUGACGUGACAGGUUAUAUUUGACUCAGAUGUAUUUGUUAAAAUUAUAUCUUUUUUAUUUUUUCUGUACUGUUAUGAUAACUGCUGCCCUUACCAGUCCUCUACAUAUAUCACCUGUUUCACACAGCUUAAAGGGGAUGUCCAAAAAAUGUCAAGGUAUUUUGAUAAAAGCUGAAAAUUAGAGAAGCAUAUUAGAGGUUUGGAGAAAAUCAAUCAAAGAAUUAUAGAAUUUUAUAGAAUUGGAUUUCAACAAUUUUAAUACAGUGAUUUGCAAGCAUGUCUC